AUGCCUCGCACACGUAGCUUCCCGUGUUCGUGGGUCUCAUGCAAAAAGGUGUUCAAUCGCAAGUCAGAUCUUUGCAGACACUACCGGAUUCACACGAAUGAGCGGCCGUAUCGAUGCAACUUCCCGAACUGUACCAAAAGCUUCAUUCAGCGUUCGGCGUUGACGGUGCACUCUCGCACACAUACUGGAGAGAAACCGCAUGUCUGCAACUUUGCAAACUGCAGCAAAGCAUUCUCAGAUUCGUCGAGUCUUGCUAGACAUAGAAGAAUACACACCGGUCGACGGCCGUACAAGUGUCUGGAACCAACGUGUGAUCGAAGCUUCUGUCGCAAGACAACACUCACAAAACAUCAGAGCCGCUCACAUCAACCAGAGGCCGUUUCCCCCUCUGCGCAAUCAUGCGAAUCAGAGCUCUAUUCUCAGCAGGCGCAGCACCCAAUGUCGAUGAUGUCACAGUCGCCGCAGGUACCGCAGCACCAACUGCAAUCGCAACAGUCUCAGCCGCAGGAACAGCAGCUCCAGUCACAACCACAACAUCUACAAUCUCAGCCGCGGCCACAACAACAUUCCCCAUACCAACAGCAACACUCACCCGUAAUAGCAGUACCCGUAGCGGACUACUUCCACCACGCCCAAGCCCAACCAACAACUGUCCAUUCCAUCCCCAUCUCCGCAGAACAAUCCAUCCUUCCCCCACAGGUGCACUAUGUCACAACGGGCAUGAUACCAUCCCAAAUCCCCCGUUAUGACAUCCCAAUCACAACUUCAGCAUCUGUCUCCACACCAACAUCCAUGGAUCACCUCGCAUACCACCAUUCCGUUUCCGUAUCUAUGCCCCAGCAGCAGCGGAUACAAGCACCGCAACCUGUCCCAAUCCCACAUCAGGCAGACGGGGGCCUCCAGGUUCUCCCUGUUGUUGCAGGCGGAGCCGGCGGACAGUAUAUGAAGGAAUUCGAUCAAAUGAAACAUGGCCAGCAAAGGUUCUUUGGAUCAGCAUUCCCGGAACAGAUGAAUUGGGAAUUUUUGGGCUUGAGUUAGCAUAGCGCUGGCUACCAUGCAUAGCGAUACAACGACGAUUACGAGGACUUUACGCAAAACAGACUAAUGCAAAUGAACGAGUUAUUCAUUGAAAGAUAUGCAUCCCCCUCAAGCGCAGUCUGCACAUACCGACCAUCUC